UAACUCGGCAAAGUCUUUACUCAUAACACUGAAGAAGAAGAAUAAGCGAAAGGAACAAAUCCGAAAUACAUUCAGGUGGAAGAAGAAGAAGAUGGGAACCUUGGGGAAAGCCGUUUACACCGUUGGAUUUUGGAUCCGUGAAACUGGUCAAGCCAUUGAUCGUCUUGGUUCUCGCCUGCAAGGAAAAUAUCAUUUCCAUGAACAAUUAUCGAGGCAUAGAACACUCAUGAACAUAUUUGACAAAGCUCCAAGCGUUCAUAGAGAUGCAUUUGUCGCCCCCAGUGCAUCUAUCACUGGAGAUGUCCAUGUGGGCCGAGGAUCCUCUAUCUGGUAUGGAUGUGUUCUACGAGGUGACGCGAACAGCAUCAGUAUCGGUUCAGGAACUAAUAUACAGGACAACUCCAUUGUGCAUGUAGCAAAAUCUAAUCUACAAGGGAAAGUCUUACCAACUACCAUUGGAGACAAUGUUACUGUAGGUCACAGUGCCAUCUUACAUGGUUGCACUGUGGAGGAUGAGGCUGUUGUUGGUACUGGGGCAACUCUGCUUGACGGGGUAGUUGUCGAGAAACACGCAAUGGUUGCUGCUGGAUCUCUAGUGAGACAGGAUACUAGGAUCCCAUAUGGAGAGGUUUGGGGAGGUAAUCCAGCGAAGUUCCUGAGGAAACUUACAGAAGAGGAAAUAUCUUUUAACUCUCAGUCAGCUAUCAACUACACCAGCUUAGCACAGGCCCAUGCAGCUGAGAAUGCAAAAUCUUUUGAAGAGACCGAAUUUUUAAAGUCUCUGAAACUGAAGUUUGCUCAGCAAGAUGAGGAGCAUGAUUCAACAUCGGUUGCUCUUCCUGACAAUGCUAUACCUGACCAAUCACCAAAGGUUGCUGCUUAAGUUAAAUGUUCUCUAAGAUGAGUAAAUUUUAAAGGUUUGUUAUCAACACAACUUAUAUAGUGUGAGGGGGUGUUAUGGUGAAUUGGGUUCCACUUCAAAUAAUUUUUGGUACUAAGCCGUGCUGCGGCAAUACCAGGCCUUCCCAGGUCUAUCAGGAACACUGUUUUCAGGUUUCUUAGACAGAAUUUAUGCCACAGAUUAGCAGAUUUCGAUGUUUUCCACCACUGUAAGAUGUGAUCUUGGUUUAAAUUUACUAGGAAUGUACUUAGAGGUUCCAGAUUGGACAGAAUAAGUAAUCUUUAUGAAUUUGUUAUUAUUCCUUCCUGUUUGAACUUUUA